AUGUCCCUACCAGGUCAUAGUCCUACUGAUCAUUUCUUGACAACCCAGACUCAAACUGAAUUAAACCACUUUUCUCUUUCGCAAUCUCAUUCUCUCACAUCACGAUCAUCUCAAAGUCAAACUACUUUAUCAUCCAGCCAAUCUCAAUUCUCAUACUAUAGACCUAAAAAGCGAAAGAUCGAUGUUUGGUCUGUCAACGAUUCCAUUACUGAUCAAGAGUAUCAUCCAUCAUCACUCAUAGCAAGCAAUCCGAUUUCAAAACAAGGCUCUUUGAAAAUUCCAAUUGACUUGACUCAAGAUGAUGAUCAAGUCUCUCCAGUUCAAGAGACACCUCGUGAAGAUGAAUCUAUAUCUAGACCACGAUAUGGUAAACGAAGGAGGAGGAGAAUCACAAUUUCUCCCAGUCCUCCUCCGGCCCCCUGGGAUACUACCGACAGCUCUUACAAUGCACCUCAAGUCGGGAUCGCAGAUGACCGCUAUCCCCAGUCUUUCGAUCAUCCACCUCCAGUACCGGGAUCGUACCCAGAGAUAUACUCCACUAACCCACAUACUCAAGAUAAUGAAUUCGUCGACGGAUAUCAUGGACAUGAUCCAGACGAUGUGUUACUCGUUGAUAUGGAAGAAGAACAUUCCCACCAUGAAGGUGAGCUAUCGAUCAUGCCUGGUACUUUUACCACCCAUCGAUACCCUUUUCCUAUCACCGCUGCUGCACACUCACCAGCGCGAGCACCUCUCGACGAAGAUGCUCAGGAAUUUGAGAGGUUAAUGGCGAGAUAUGAGGGUAAAAGGAAAUAUGAAAUUCUUGCGGAGGGUGGAGAAGCCAAAGAGAGUCAAAGUGUAGGAAACAGUCAGAUUUCCACUACCUCCAGUAUAUCACAGAGGGAAGUGGAAGACUUGGUCGACGAAGAAGACGAAGGGAGAACGAAGACCCUCAGCUUCCUCGGAUCUAUCGUCACUAAUUUCCUAAGCCAACUCCACACAUCCCAAAUUCUCAUUGCGGAUCGAAAGGAUGCGAGACUCAAGAAGAGUCCAAGGAAGAAGAAGCGAUACCUCCGAGAACAAGAAAGCCAAGAAGACGAAGAAGACGAACUGUUAAUUAUCGAUGAAGAUUCUGACGAGGAUGGUCUGGAAGAUGGAUCUCAAAGAUGGGUUCAGACUGAACCCGGUGUAACGAUGAGGCUCAAGAAUAGAAAGACAGGCAACGAUCAGGUUAUCUCCUACCCAGAUGAUCCUCUUUCCAGCAUGACUGGCCAAACCUCCAUGGAAAAGAUUAAUUGUAUCUUACGAAUCGUCACGGUGCUAUACGAAGCCGUGUGCAGUAGGACAGUCGUGACACUGAGAGAUAUUUAUUAUCGUGACAAGGUGUUGUUUAAGAGACAAGACGUAGUAGAUAAGCUGGUCGACGAUAUCGUAGCUACGGCCGGGUUGAAAAGACGAGAUUUCUUCGUUUGCGCCUCUGCCAAGGGUCUGAUCGCAGCUGCCCAUCUGAAGAUUAUACGUCGAACGGGCGAAGAAUUGGUUCUCUCCUCUACCAUCGCAACGCUCAUCGAUCCUAUCGAACGAAUCAGUCGCCUUGAAUCAGCAAGACCAGUAGAAUGGGUGCUCGUGGUGGAAAAAGAUGCUGUGUUACAAGCGCUUUGCAGUGCUAAAUUACUAGAGGAUGAAAAGUUAGGGGCAGGGGUCAUGAUUACUGGCAAAGGUUUUCCCGAUUUGGCAACUCGUCAAAUUCUUCAUUUGAUAGCUGAGACCUAUCCGCAUGCAAAAAUAUAUGCUCUGGUGGAUGCUGACCCUCACGGAAUAUCCAUUCUUUCGACCUAUACAUAUGGAUCGGGAAAUACGAAAUACUCAAACGAUCAUUUGGAGUUGCCCUUGGGAUAUAGGAUUGAGUGGCUGGGUUUGAAAGCUACCGAUUUUAAGAAAUUGGGAAUUGGGCAUGAUGAUUUAUUACCUCUUGAAAAGGUCGAUAUCUCCCUGGCAAUGAGGAUGAUCAAAGAUCCCACAUUACCUGGCGAAUGGAAACGAGAAUUAUCCCAUAUGCUUCAUAUCAACCGUAAGGCAGAGAUUGAAAUCAUGCUAGAGUCGAACACUGGUCAAGACUAUGAGGAUGGGCAUGAUCUAUUGGAUGAUCUAUUCGAUCAUGAUCGCCAGCAUCAUUAUGACAUCAACGGCAACGAUAAGAAUAAAAUUGGGAAGAAGGAGAAGGAGAAAAGUAAAAGUAAAAGUAAAUUAGUGGAAUAUAUCGUUGAAAGAAUCAUCUCAUCAAGAUGA